CCUCCUCCUCCUCCAGAGGAGAGGCGUGUGCAGAGGUGAGGUGAGGUGACUCGUUCUCCGCUUCGCUUCUCCUCUCUGUUCGUUUGGCCGCAAGUGAGCGCAGCGGAGCGGCAGCGUCGUCGUCUUCCUCGUCGCGAUCACCGGUCAAAUCCCAAGCCAAUUUGUUACUGCCAGGGCUCCGAUUCACCACCAACACCACCCUCUCCUCUUCUACUGCCGCCGUUAUCCCCAACCCGGCACGCACGCGCUAGGCGGGGAGCAGCUGAACCCCACCACAGCCGUCCGCGACGGCUCCGACAGUCCGACGGGGCGCUGAAGCGGCCUCUCAGGCUCCUUCCAAUGGCGCGGAUCCAGCCUGUGGUGGAUGAAAGAAUGGACCCCUUUCUUGGUAGAUUGACUAGACCAACCACCAUUGACCAAUCCUGGUGUACUGCUCCGAGUGGCCUGUCCUUGUUCAACGGGCCUUUUAACGAGUUCAAGGAUGCAAUUGUGCCGUCGUCAGGCUUGUUGUCCCACAAUUGCUGCUCUGAUGUCGCAAACAACUUCGAAGAAUUUGCAACUGCAGUUUCAAGGUUACAUCAACACCUGGAUGCAAAUGUAGAAGUUACUUCCACAGAAUACUUAGAUUUGAUGAAAUUGGAAGUUGAUCACCAGCUUAAUAAGCUCUCCGAGGACAUAAGGGUCUUCAAAAGCUAUAACUUGGCUCACAAAUCUGAUGCAGAUGGUUCAUGCUGUACAGUAUGCCAUGUUGGGAAGCUAGCUGAGAUAGAUGAUGGGUUCAACAGCUUGAAGUUGCUGCUGGUUGUGGUGUUCCAACAAAUUAGAGAGAUGCUCACAGUAGUCAAUUCUUCAAUUCAUGAUCUUCAGUGGGAGCAUGAGUUACAGUUAGAAGUUACCAGCAUUACUAUUGGAGACUGUGUUAGAGGUCUUCAGGAUGAGCUCGAGAGGAAACUGUAUGAGCAAAGUUCCAUAGUGAACAGUCUAAGAAAAAACUGGCAGGAAACUGUGGCGCAGUGUGCUUCCAUACGUGAAGAGCUAAUUGCUAUUUCUGAUAUUCUGUUACCUUCUGAAGAGGAACCACAAAUUUCCCUCUGUAGGCAUGAAAGUUUGGGUAGCUGGAGCGACAGAUGGAAGUUCAGCUUUUUCAGAAAGCGAACACACCAGGACCACUCUCUGUCUUCCGGAGAAAACCAGAAUUCUGCAACACAGAAAUCUAUAAGUCCCAGUGAAGUUAUAUCAGAAAGAUCCGACUUCCGACAUCUGAAGGGCAUGACUAGACAUGAAAUGCUUAACUAUUUCAGAUCUGAGAUCAGUAAAUUAAAAAGGCUGCAUGAGUUGGAUUUGCAAGAGAAAACAGAAGAGCUCUUCAAAUUCAAACGAGAGAAAUGGUCAUUGGCUCUUAAGUAUGAUGUAGAAUUUGAGCCUUUAAGGAGGAAAUUCCCUGAGGUCAUUUCAAGAUUUGACCAAAUCAUGUCCAAUGGAAUGGCUGCUGCAGCACCUACAAUCUGCAGUAACAGUGAUGCACUUGAUGAAAGGAGCAAAUUGAACAGUAGAAUUGAUUCGCUAUUCUGUGAAAACCAACAUCUUCGGUGUUUGCUUGCAGAGAAGACAAAGAAUAUUCAGGAAUUAUCAAGCCAAAUAUCUGAUGCCACCAGGAAAAUGUCACUUCAAUAUUCAUUAGAAAAACAACUUUUGAGACAAGUCAACAGCAAUAAAGUAGAAUAUGAGGAUCUUGUUAUUGAAAGUACUAUCAGAGAUGAAAUUUACCAAACUGUUACGAGAAACUUGGUGGAUAGUCAUAGGAAUGUCUUGGAGGAUACUGUGCAAAGUUUCCGUGCCCAAGUGUCCUCACUUGAAGCCGCACUCUCAGAAAAGGACAAGGCGUUGUGUUUAUGUAAUGAAGAAAAUCAGAAGCUAAAGGAAAAGUUGUCAAUGCUAGAAAAAGAGCAUUCCAUCCAAAAUAAUCAGCAAGAUCUAGAUCUAAUCAAGCAAGACAGUGAGGAAAUGAUUCUCCGUGAUAUUGAGAUGGAGCCACAAAGAUCAUGUGAGAUUUCUGAUCCAGAUAUACAGUAUGAAGAGCUCAUCAAGCUGAAUGAGGUUUUAGAAGUUGCCUCAAGCACCGUAAAAGAAAUGGAAACAAAAAGGUUGAAUCACAGUGAUAUCCUAGGUAAAAGAGAUCAAGAAAAACAGCUUGAUUGCAUCCUGGUAUCUAUCAUGGAUUUGUCAAAAGAAUUUGUGGAGAUUGAACAUAGAAUGCCAGAUGAUAUAAAAGGAAACGAGAAAAAGACUGAAAAUCUGAAAGAUCGAUGCAACCAUAUGGUACAACAGGCUAUCGUACUGACAAAGAAGGGCCUGUGGUAUAAGCAAAUGCUUGACACAAGACGUUCUGAGCUUCGAAAAGCUGAAUCUGAAGUUGACAUUAUGGGAGACAAGGUUAAUGCACUUUUGAGUCUUGUACAAAAGAUAUAUGUAACUCUUGAGCACUACUCUCCUGUUUUUCAGCAUCAUCCUGUGCUGUUGGAUGCUUUCUUGAAGACAUGCAAGCUUGUUGCAGGUAUAAGAAGCAGACAAAAAGAGGACUUACAAGAUACAACAUAAGUUGGAGCAGCAAGGUGAGCUGUUUAGAGUGGCUUAAGGGACAUGAGAGAUAUUAAUUUCAUGGUGGAGGAACAGCAUACCAUUGCAAGGCUAUGAAAUUGAUCCAUGGCCAAAUUGACACUGCAAAUCUGCAGCUAGAAGGAAGCUGAGGUAGUCCAUUCGACUGAAUUUUGAAACCUAGGGUAUGCAUUUCAAGGGCAUAAUAUAUUUCUAAAUUGUAGCAAUGCAUUUUUCUAAACAUCAUAUGGUAAUGGAUGCAGUUAUACUGUCGGCACUCACUCCGCAGAUGAUUGGAUUCACAUCCUCUAUGAUGUAUGUAGAAGUGAAUACACCUGUACAAAUUAUGAUAGUUCAAAUUCUGUGUGGGUGAUCACAGUUUUGUCAGCAGCCUAUAUAGAAAUAACUUAGCUGUUAUACAAGCUCUAGUCAUAUUGUAAGCAUAGUAACUUAUAAAUUUUGGAGUCCUGGCUUGUACUAAUGGUCUUGUAAACCUGUACAGAUCUUAUGUACAACAUUUGUCAAUUUUCGAGGAAGCAAACCUUUUUAGGGCAAUGAAAUAGUUUUCAUAUUCAUAGUUA